GAUUAGGCAGAUUGGUCAUUCAGCUCAAUUUAGUAUUUGUUUUUGUUGUGAAGUAAGCAAGAUGGUUUCACAGCUUUAAAGCCAGCUUUUGUUUCUAACCACCUACAAUAAGAGAAAGAAAGCAAUCAUACCAAAGAGAAAGAAGAGCAAAGAAACAAGAGAGACACAAGGUAAGGAAGCAGCAGCAACAGCAGCAGCAUUACAAGAAAGAAGAGAAACAAAGAGGGUAAAAUGACGACACAAAAACCAAUAUUGGAGCAACAACAAUCACAGAUGCAGAUCAGAAUGAUGAAGAACUCAGGUAUUAUCAGUAAUAUCAGUGAAAGCCCACUAUCAAGGGAUGAUAAGGAUGAUGAGAUGUCAAGAUCAGCAGUGGCUAUGUUUAGGGCGAAAGAAGAAGAGAUUGAGAAGAAGAAGAUAGAAGUCAGAGACAAGGUUCAUGCUCACUUAGGACGUGCGGAAGAAGCAACUAAACGAUUAGCAGAAAUUCGUGAAGAGCUUGAAGCCCUGACAGAUCCAAUGAGGAAGGAAGUUUCGAUGGUACGUAAGAGGAUUGACACAGUCAACAGGGAGCUGAAGCCUCUAGGACUGAGUUGCCAGAAGAAGGAAAGAGAAUACAAAGAAGCCCUGGAAGCCUUUAAUGAAAAGAACAAAGAAAAAGCUCAGCUGGUUUCCAAGUUAGUGGAGCUGGCGAGUGAAAGUGAGAAACUGAGGAUGAAGAAACUGGAGGAACUGAGCAAAAAUAUUGAAACUUUAAGCUGAGGUUUUGCAAAUAGCAAUAGCCAGCCAUUGUUGUGCUAAUUUGUUGAAACUAGAAUCGUGUCCUUGGAGUUUGGUGUACAUCUCGUUAUUUCUAUGAUUUUUAUUUUCGAAUUUCAGUGGUUUUUUCAUGAA